UUCUGACCCACUCACUCUUUUAACUUCACCCACUACACUUCAGAAACCGACAGUUCCAAACAAAAAAUCACAACAAAGUCACAAGCUCUUCUUCUUCUUCUUCUUCCUCUUCUUCUGCAAUGGAGGAUGAUGGUGAGUGGGUUCUGGUACGGAGCCCUGCAGAGAAGGACCUGUGGACCCCAUCUUUAGUGGAGGAGGAGGAGGGGGAGAGUUCUAGACCUCUGAAGGUCACAUUUUCUGGGCCUGCCAAGCACUGGACUGAUGCUAUACCAAUUGGGAAUGGCAGGCUUGGAGCCAUGGUUUGGGGUGGUGUGGCAUCAGAAACUCUCCAACUCAAUGAGGACACGCUCUGGACUGGAAUUCCUGGCAACUAUACCAACCCAAAGGCUCCAGAGGUACUAACAGAGGUUAGAAAACUUGUUGACGAUGGUAAAUAUGUCGAAGCUACUGAAGCAGCGGUCAAGUUGGCGGGAGAUCCUUCUGAUGUUUAUCAACCACUCGGUGACAUCAACCUAGAAUUCGGUGACUCACAUCUCAAAUAUGAUGAAGAAACUUACAGCAGAGAGCUAGAUCUGGAUACUGCAACGGCAAAGAUAAAUUACUCAGUGGGCGGUGUAGAAUAUACAAGGGAGCACUUUUCGUCUUAUCCUAAUCAAGUGAUUGUGACAAAGAUCUCCGCUAGCAAACCAGGGUCCCUAUCAUUUACAGUUUCUCUAGACAGCAAGUUACAUCAUAAUUCACAAGUAAAUGGUAAUAACCAAAUUAUACUACAAGGAAGUUGUCCUGGCAAAAGGAUACCACCAAAAUCUAAUGACAGUCCAAAAGGGAUUCAGUUUUCGGCAGUUCUUGAUUUGCAGAUUAGCGAUGGCAGUGGUGCAAUACAUCUUUUGGAUGACAAGAAAUUAAGGGUUGAAGAUUCAGAUUGGGCUGUUUUGCUUCUUGCGGCCUCAUCAUCAUUUGAUGGACCAUUUACUAAGCCCUCUGACUCUAAGAGGGAUCCAACUUCAGAGUCUCUCACUGCAUUGAAUUCAAUAAGAAAUUUGUCGUAUUCGGAUCUUUAUGCUCACCAUUUGGAUGACUAUCAGAAUCUUUUCCAUCGUGUCUCGUUGCAGCUUUCUAAGAGCUCCAAGAGCAAUUUAGGGGCAAAGAAAAGUAUGACCAAUUUGAAUGUAAAGGGAAGUGAUGAUGCCUUAGUUUCAACUGCAGACCGGGUGAAAUCCUUCAAAACUGAUGAAGAUCCUUCCUUUGUGGAACUUUUAUUCCAGUAUGGCCGGUAUCUUCUUAUUUCUUGUUCACGGGUUGGAACUCAAGUGGCAAACCUGCAGGGUAUAUGGAGCAAGGAUAUUGAGCCUCCAUGGGAUGGCGCUCAGCAUCUGAACAUAAAUCUUCAAAUGAACUAUUGGCCAUCCCUUCCCUGUAACCUAAGAGAAUGCCAGGAGCCCUUAUUUGAUUAUACAUCUUCUUUAUCUAUCAACGGGAGGAAAACGGCUAAGGUGAACUACGAAGCCAGUGGUUGGGUUGUACAUCAAGUGUCUGACAUAUGGGCGAAAACAUCACCCGAUCGAGGUCAAGCUGUGUGGGCUUUAUGGCCAAUGGGAGGAGCCUGGCUUUGUACUCAUCUAUGGGAACAUUUUACUUAUACGAUGGACAAGGAUUUUCUUAAAAAUAAGGCAUAUCCUUUGUUGGAAGGAUGUACAUCAUUUCUGCUGGAUUGGUUGAUUGAAGGCCGUGGAGGGUAUCUUGAAACCAACCCGUCAACUUCUCCGGAGCACAUGUUUAUUGCUCCUGAUGGCAAGCAGGCAAGCGUGAGCUACUCGUCAACUAUGGACAUUUCAAUCAUCAAAGAAGUUUUCUCUGCAAUAGUUUCUGCUGCUGAGAUUUUAGGAAAAACACAGGAUGCUCUUGUUGGAAAAGUUCGCGAGGCUCAGUCUCGGUUGCCACCCACAAAAAUUGCUAGAGAUGGUUCUAUCAUGGAAUGGGCACAAGAUUUUGAGGACCCAGAAGUGCACCAUCGACAUGUAUCACACCUGUUUGGCUUGUAUCCAGGACACACAAUAAGCGUUGAGAAAACUCCAGAUCUCUGUAAAGCGGUCGAUUAUACGCUCUUUAAAAGAGGAGAGGAGGGUCCAGGAUGGUCGACUACAUGGAAGACUGCGUUGUGGGCACGUCUUCACAAUAGUGAGCAUGCAUAUCGUAUGGUCAAGCAUUUGAUUGACUUGGUGGAUCCAGAUCACGAAAGUGAUUUUGAAGGAGGACUAUACGGUAACUUGUUCACUGCACAUCCCCCUUUCCAGAUUGACGCCAACUUUGGACCUAACACUUCCGUGAGUGACGAAGAUCGGUGGCUUGACUGCGAUUGUAAUUCUCUAUCUUUUGGUGCCAGUUUUUCAGCAGCAGUUGCAGAAAUGCUUGUCCAAAGCACUGUCAAGGACCUAUAUUUGCUUCCCGCUCUUCCGCGGGAUAAAUGGGCAAACGGUUGUGUGAAGGGACUGAAGGCUCGUGGCGGGGUGACAGUCAACAUAUGUUGGAAGGAAGGAGACCUUCACGAAGUUGGUCUUUGGUCCAAGGACCAUAACACCACUAAAAAACUACAUUAUAGUGGAAGUACAGUUACAGCAAACAUAUCAUCUGGCAGGAUCUAUACGUUCAACAGACAGUUAAAAUGUUUGAGGACAGCAUAUCUCUGAGAGCAGCAUAUUAUCGUCGAGUUUUGAGGUUAAAUUCAUCCUAUUGAUUUAUUCCGAGUGAAAGUGGAAACGAAGUCCUUCGUUUCUUCUUUGGUGUCAGUGAUUCAGUGUCAUGUUCCAUUUAUUGUGGGGACUUUUUGAAGCUGAAUUUAGUUUAGCAAAUGAGAGAAUAAUCCAAGGGGUUUUACUUGUAUUAUCAUUAGUAACACUUCAAAGAAUUAUCUAAGAGUUGGUUUUUUUU